UCCCUUGAGAUAUAGAAAUUAUGGCAAGCACAGGGGAAGGAAGAGAACGACUCCCUUGAGACCUAACGCAUUCUAACAGAUGGGACUCAAGGCAAAGGACGGCAAUGUUGCGCAGGAGGGCAGCAGAUUGCAGCAGAGUUCCCUCCCCCUCGGUUUAUGCACAUGGCAUGGAGCAGACCGGCAAGACCUAAACAAACCAAGUCAAGACUGACGGGAAGCCAUUGCCUUCUACGGAUCCGGCCUGUGAACAUGUCGACAUGAUGUUGGCAAUUUACGUAUGCCUGGCGUUUGGAUAUACGGCCGUCUACGGGUCGUUCGGUCGUUCUGGUGAACUGUCGUUUUUAGAAGAGCCGACAGCCGAACAGGAAGUGAACGAAGGGGAGACGGUCGUCCUCGACUGCAAAGUCCCUCCGGGGGUCGUCGUCCACUGGGAACUUCGCGGAGUCCCACUUGACGCUUCGCCAAGAAGAUUUAUGAAUGGCACUGAUUUAGUUAUCGCCAAAGUGCUCCACGGCGAGGACAGAGGGCCUUUCACCUGUGUCAUAUCCGACAAGAGAACCGGUUCAGAUAUUGCUUCAAGGCCGGCAUAUCUGAACAUUAAAUGGUUGCAAGAAAUGGUGACGAUUCAGAAAGCAUCAGACGAUUCUUCGACUGUUGUCGGUGGAGACCUGCAUUUAACUUGCCAAGUCGAAGGGACUCAACCGUUGAAAAUACAGUGGUUUCGAAACGGAGACGGUUUGUUAACAGUAGAAAAUGUGAACACCACCGGAAGAGAUUUGGUAGUCAAAGGGCUCAAACCUCACGACAACGGAGUUUACAGGUGCCUGGCAUCAAAUGACGCUGGAACCGCACACAGCAGCAACAGGAUCGUUGUCAACGUUCCAGGUAGCCAGUGGGCGAGAAUCGUUGUCGUUCCGGAAGAUACCAUAGCAAAGCCUGGUUCCGACGUCAUGCUUAAUUGUGCGUACCAGUUUGUCGAUGUGAUUGAGUGGUAUUUCAAGCAAACCGGGCCGCUGGAAAAUUCUACGAGAUUUUCCAUCUUGCCCAACGGUUCACUAGUGGUUCGCAGUGUUUCAAAAGCUGAAGAAGGCCUCUACCUAUGCGUUGGAAUUAAAGCCGACAGCACUGAGAUUCCCCAGGGUUUCUCUGGACGUUUACAACUAGCAUAUUUGAAAGAUCCUGACAACACAACAUUGGGACCAUUUUUGGACAAUGAUUCUAUGAAGAUUGUGGGAAAAGGUGACACUUUGCGUAUGGGCUGUUUUGCCCCUGACGGUCUUCCAAAGCCUACGGUUUCGUGGUCGAACGGAGAAGUUGGCCCAAUACUGACUAUUAAAAAAGUCUCAAAAGCGCAUGAAGGAUAUUACACUUGUAUUAUUACAAACAUAGCUGAUACAAAAAAUGUAACAUUUCAGUUGGCUGUAACAACAAAGCCUGUGAUAACAUUAAACCCAACAUCUGUCACUGUUGAUGAAGGAAAUAAUGCUCUUCUUCAAUGUGAAUUUCAAGGUAGCAGUAAAUUUACUCGACUCCAAUGGGUCAAAGACAACACCCCAUUGAGGGGUCAUAGAUUUGUAGAAGGCCAAUUUUCUCUUGCUAUCACAAAUGUUGUUCCUUCUGAUGAAGGAGAAUAUCUCUGCCAAAUCACGACAAAGCCUUUUCUUCCCGUUUAUUCAACUCCAGCUGUCAUCACUGUUAGAGAAAAACUUAAAUUUCUACCAAAGCCUUUAAACACUAACCUGGAGUUAGGAACAGUUCGCAAGGUGCAUUGCAGAGCACAAGGAUCAGUUCCGCCAUCUGUUAGGUGGUUCAAGGGUAUCGACAAUGAAGAUAAUUUUCCAGAUCAUGUCAGCGACAUAAAUGGGACUCUUUACUUCAAUAAAGUCAAAUUGGAGGACAAGGGAAAUUAUACUUGUGUGGCAGCAAACACUCAAGGAGUCAUAAAUGUUACAAUCGAAAUUGAUGUAGUUGCAAGUCCAAAAUUUGCCAUUUUACCUCAAAAUCCAACUGAAGUGCUUGAAGGUUCCCCAUUAAUGUUAGAUUGUGUCGCUGAAGGAGACCCUUUACCGACAAUACAUUGGGAUAAAAAUUCUAACAUGAAAAAUGUUGAUGAUGUAAGGUAUAAAACAUUAGAAAAUGGAUCAUUGUAUAUUCAAGAAGUCCAGACUUCAGACGAAGGACAGUAUGGCUGUACAGCAGGAAAUAGUGGUGGAUUGAAAAGAUAUGAAGUGACGUUAAUUGUAAAAGGAAAUGAUGGAUAUAAGAUGUACGGUGACGGAGGUGAAGAACAGGAUUCUAUGCUGAGCAAAACAGUGGCUGUGACACUUGGAGCCGCAGGUGCAUACAUGAUACUCGUUAUUGGACUGAUGGUUUACUGCAAGUGCCGGAGCAAGAGAAAGAAACAGACUUUGCAGGAGGUCGAUCCUGGUUCGCAAGAAGCCGGCCAUUCUGGUGAACGAGCAAAAUGCAAUGGGGAGGCUGUGCACAGUGAAGAUGAUGGGACAGUAUCCUCACAAAAUUCUCAAAGUUCUUCUCAUACGUAUGGAAAACUCGUGAUAACUCGAGAUCACUUGACUGAAAUGAUGGUCUUAGGUCAAGGACAGUUUGGAGAUGUCUGCCUUGCAAGGGUUGAAAAUGAUGACAAAUGUGGCGGGGUGGUGAUGGUCAAAACCUUGCUGGAGACCAGAGAUGAAGGUGUUCUCCACGAAUUCAAAAGGGAGCUAGACCUUUUUGGUAGAGUGAAUCAUGCAAAUGUUGUAAAACUAGUUGGGUUGUGCAGAGACCAAUAUCCGCAUUAUAUGGUUCUUCAAUAUACAGAUUGGGGUGAUUUGAAACAAAUGCUCUUGGCGACAAAAGGCGAAAGGAAGGAUAAACCAAAACCUCCAGAAUUAACCGCAAAGAUAAUGUUUUCGUUGAUCAAAGAUCUCUGUUUGGGAAUGGAACAUAUAUCAAAUCAUAGGCUCGUUCACAGAGACUUGGCUGCAAGAAAUUGUUUAGUUUCUUCAAAUUUAUCUGUCAAAAUUUCCCUUUCUGCCUUGUCCAAAGACGUCUACAGAAAAGAGUACUUCCACCAUAGGAAUAAGUUGAUGCCGGUUCGCUGGAUUGCUCCAGAAAUUGUAUCGGAUGAUGAUUAUUCAACAAAAUCAGAUGUUUUUUCAUUUGGAGUGACAGCGUGGGAGAUAUUUGCACGUUGUGACAUGCCUCAUGCAGGCUGCAGCGACCAAGAGGUCGUCUCAGGUCUUCUGGAAAAUGGCGGUCUACAACUUUUACACCAUGAAGGAACACCACAAUCCCUGAUUUCUUUAGUCAACGAAUGCAGGGCAGCCAAUCCGAGUGAUAGGCCGUUGUUUUCUAGUCUUGUCAUUAAAAUCGCUGACAUUAUAGAUAAACUAGAAUAAAACACUUUUUAUGCUUUUAAGAGUCUGCAACAAACACUGAUUGUUUUUUCAAACAAUAACCACUGAAUCAGAGAGGAUGCAUUUAAAAACAAAUGUUAUGGUAUAUUUUUGAAAAAUACUUCAUUGUACUCUGUAAAGGGCAAAAAUUUUCUCACAGUAUUUUUAUCAAUGUAUAUAUAUUGGGUU